AUGAACGCGAAAAGGAUCCUCGGCAUUUUCUUCUUGUUCGUGACGGCCGCCAUUGUCGUCGCCUGCGUCCUCAAGGAAUCCUCUCGGAUACGACCAGAAGUCUGGUCACUGCUCGCAGGUCCCUUGGAAGCUGAUGAUCCACAGGUAUUGGAGGUCCUUACAAGACACUACCUCGACCCUCCUUCGCUCCUACCGUACAAUUUCACCCAAGGACUCCCAGAGAAAGGGUCCCGUGGCUUUACUUGGCCCUGGAUCCACGGCUGGCUGAAGAAGCUCUUCGCGGACCAGAGGGGCGGCUUCUUCGUCGAGGCCGGAGCUCUUGACGGGGAGUAUCUGUCAAACACCUUGUGGCUGGAGCGCGACCUUGGCUGGUCAGGCCUACUCGUGGAGGCUGCUGUCAGCAGCUUCAAGGAGCUAAGGUUCAAGCACAGGAAAUCCUGGGUUUCAAAUGCGUGUCUGUCACCAACACCAUACCCCAAGCGUAUCCCUUUCGUAAACCACUUCUUAACAGAUGCUCAGCUGAAUACUAUUGACUUCUCCACGUGGGCUUACCGGGGGCACAGCCAUGAGUUUCGGCAAGACAUACCGCAGGCUGACUUCGGGGCGCACGACCACAGUAGCUACUCAGUGGUGCAGUGCUUCCCUCUUCUCUCAUUCCUAAAGGCGCUCAACGUGACCCAGGUUGACCUAUUGAGCCUCGACACUCAGGGCUCCGAGGCGGACAUCGUGAGGUCAUUCCUAGGCUCUGACGGAAUCAAGGUCAGGGUCAUAGUGGCUGAAAAUGAGUUUGGGAAAUUUGAUGAGAAGAUGAUGAGUGAGAUGAAAGAAAAUGGUUAUCUGCUUCUUGCUAGACUUGCUGACUUAGUUUUCGUAAGAAGGACGAUCCGUAUGGCGCAUGAGGGCCUUAUAAGAAUAUUGCAAGAUGACACUGGUCAAAUAAUGGAUAUAAAUAUCUUUUAA